GCAUCGUCAGCUGCCAUGACCGGUGACAUGGAAUCAGCAGCAGCAUCGGCUGCAGUUACGGCAUCAGUGGUGGUGGCAUCGAGAGAUCGAGGGCAUUUAAUGCUCAGCGGACGCUUCAACAGUGAUGCGAUUGUCGCGUACAUGAAGGAAGUGAAGAGUCAGCUGGAGACCAGAGAUGUCGCAGUGUUCAUGGUCGAUGCGUCAACUGGCCAAGAUUUUGGCCAAAUGACAUGCGAAGGAUUGUACCGUGCCAAAGGCAUGGUAGCUUUCUGCACCUCUGAGUACGGUGCGUAUACUGGUGCGGGCUAUGAAACGUUCUAUGAACUCGAGUUCGCUCACCAGAAUCAAUUGCCCUUGUUUCCCAUCAGGCUGUGUGACCAGUGGCCACCAGCACCACUGAACAACGAACGGGGCACUUGCCAAAAUAGAUUCGUGUUUAAGAAAAGCCUCGUAUUUGCAGAAGAUCGACAGAUGACCAACGCCAGAGGCGUUGCUGAUAAGAUUGCUGCAUCUGUCGCGCGCUUGGGCAUCUUCCGAACUAAGCUGCAGCUUUAA